UAUUUUCUCACCUGUAACCCCCAGCCGGGCUGUAACAACGGGGUGUAUAAAAGUCUGGUUGGUGGCGUGUAGCACCACUCCACACCACACCACUCCACUCCACUCUACACCAUCACACCCGUCAUAAGACUUGGUAUCAACUCUAAACUCGCUAGGUUAUAAACCUUCAAUCAACAGUCAAAUUCAUUCAGCAGUCAACUUCAGACCUCAGUCAACUUCAGUCAGCAGUCAACUUCAGUCAAUGAGCAGAAUGACGACCACAGUCUUCAUCAAGCUCCUGUGUCUGUGUGUGGCGGCCAGCGGUUGUGUCAACGUGACCUCCCGGCGGUACGGAGAACCGUGCACGUGCAGCAGUUCGUGUCUGGACGGUGCCGAGUGCCAGAGGGACGGGCGGGGAGGAUGGGCCUGUCUGUGUCUGCCGUGCCAGAACUUUGACCAGCGUCUUGGACAAUGUGUCAACAGCCCAGGAUACGGCCAGCCCUGUGUUGACGUCUGCGCCAGUAACUUCCUGUGUCAGGACGUGUCUGGUGUGAUGACGUGUCAGUGUGGUCCUAGUCAGCUCUACAACACCAGCACAGAGCAGUGUGAGAACACCACCUACCUGUGUCUGUCCACUGGUCAGCCCAGCUGCCAGAACUUACCUGAUGGCGACUACCCCGCCUGCCCCCCUGAGUGCUCUCUCGGCAUUUACCUCAGCUGUUCGUUUGACUCGCUCACGUUAAGGGACUGCCCAUUUGGCUGGUACGUCAAUGCCUCGGGUCAAAGGUUCACCAGCAAGCUCGUCUACGACCCUGACCUACAGCGAUGUGAGCCAAGGUCACCUUCUUGUCCACGUGACCUAGACCAGCAGAUAGAAAUUUAACUGACCAAUCAGAUCAUUGAUUUUAAAAUUUUAACAUUGUCUCCAUUACUAAACUGUCAAAUGUCAUGUCUAGUCGACUAAUUUCAUAUCUAGUCUACUAAUGUCAUCUCUAUUCUCUUAAUGUCAUAUAUAAUCUUUAAAUGUCGUGUCUAGUCUUUGAAUGUCAUAUUUAGUGUAAUGUAAUGUCCCCAUCACGUGUCAUUUGAUGUCAACUAUAAGCAGAUGACGUGACUAUUGUGAUGUUUCCCUUGAGUUGAUCACGUGAUAUGAUUCCAGAAUAAACACUUGUUAAAAGUAAACAAACAA